AUGUGUAUGGUGGCCAAGGGAAGAUUCAAGUCUUGCACAUCUGAGACUAUCGAGUCUAAAAGUCUGUUACUCUCUUCUACGGAGAUAUCCUUGUAUAGAACUUUCAUUGCAAUUCUCUUAACCCACAAGUACAAGGGCUCUAGAUGUGCCUGUUCCGCGGCAGAGGCAUGCGGUGAUAUAACAGACUUUGAGCACCCUGAUCUGGAGAUAUUUGCAACAAGAGUGGCUGCGAGACACUCAGGACCGCUUGGAGCUUUGCUGGUUGGCACAAUAGUGAUACAUGUGACCUGCCACUUGAAUAGGGUUAUUGAGCCAAUCCUCGAGCUGAACAACCCAAUAUCUGCGGUGCAUUUACCGCAGAAUAUGUGCAGGAAUUUCGGCGGCAUGGAAUCUGCUACGGCCUCGGAGCUGCUACUCGUGGCUUUAUCUAGAGUCGUCAUUGAAAACUGGCAAGAUGUCAGCAUACGGCUUUCCAUGUGUCUUGAUAGAGCCAUCAAUAUUCGCAGCAAAAUGUACCUCUCUAUACCCUUCAAGUAA